UGAUUUCUGUUGGUUAUGUUCGUUUGAAAUUUGUUGUUGGUUUGUUCGUUUGUUUUUUUAAAAAACUACUACUUUUGUACAGAAAUUACGUAGUACAAAUACUAACAACAGCGGUCUACUGUUACUAAACUGAAAUACGAAGUUUUCCAACCAGGUGAUAUUAUCAUAAAGGAGGGUACGAUCGGUACAAAAAUGUACUUCAUUCAGGAGGGAGUGGUGGACAUUGUCAUGGCCAACGGCGAGGUUGCCACCUCACUAUCGGACGGUUCUUACUUCGGUGAGAUCUGUCUGCUGACCAAUGCGCGUCGUGUGGCCAGCGUGCGAGCCGAAACCUAUUGCAAUCUAUUCUCGUUGAGCGUGGAUCAUUUCAAUUGCGUGCUGGAUCAGUAUCCGCUGAUGCGCAAGACCAUGGAGACUGUGGCCGCAGAGCGGUUGAACAAGAUCGGCAAGAAUCCAAACAUAAUGCAGCAGAAGGACGAACAGCUGAGCAAUCCCGAGUCGAACACUAUCACGGCCGUGGUGAAUGCCCUGGCUGCCGAGGCCGAUGAAUGCAAAGAUGAUGACAUGGAUCUCAAGGAGAAUUUACUGCAUGGGUCAGAGUCGAGCAUUGCUGAGCCGGUUCAAACGAUACGCGAGGGUCUGCCCAGGCCUCGGAGCGGGGAGUUUCGAGCCCUGUUCGAGGGCAACACCCCAUGACACUGAGCCGAGGCGAUGGCGAUGACUAUGACGAAGACGAUGACGAUGAAGAGCGGUGCGGGCGGGCAUCGGGCAUCCAUCUGAAAGGCAAUUUAGCAGGACACACACUCACCCACACCCACACACACAGCCACAUACACAAAACACCACUCACACACACACACACACACACAUGCGUAUAUAAUAAUUUAGUAAAUGAAACCCCAAGAAGCGAUAAGAAGAGUACACUAAAAAGAAUCAAUUUACGGUAGACACUCUAUAUAUGCAAUUGCGAUUUAGUAGAAAACAUUAAAAAAAAGACAAAACAAAAAAAUCCAAAAAAAGAACAAAACAAUUACACAAAAAUGUCCUCAAAUUUUAUUCAUAAUUUCAGCUCCGCUAACUGUGAUGACUUUAAUAUAAGAAUCGAAAAAAAAAACAAUUGCAUACAAAUAUAAAUUAUAUGAUAGAGAAGAAACUCAGCAGACAGAUCCGAAUCAGAAUCAGAUCCACACAGACCUAGCCCACAUACCGCAAUAGAAGAAUUUGCCACACCCACAUACACACACAAAAACACAUGCAACAACAACAAAAAUACAGAUACAGAGAGAGACAUACCUUAUAGGGAAUCUACAUUUAAGUUUUAUACCCACGAUAUUGUAACGAUUACGAAGUGAGUAGACUUUUGUGAAUUGCUACAGCGUUAGUCCUAUGGACCUACUAAAGAACAUACAUACACCCACACCUACACAGAGACAGACACCAACCACACCUGUAGAUUGUAGAGUGGAACAGGAUAAGAGACAGUCGAAAUACAGACCGACUGACCAACAGAUCCGCAGACACGCAUCAACUUAUGAUAUAAAGAAACGGAGCGAAUCGUGAAGGCAUACCAAACACACAUAUUUAUGCGCGUAGCUAUUAUGUACUCGAGCAACCAACAAACAAACAAACAAACAAUUAUGUAUUAUUGCGAUUAUAUAGCAUAUUUAAAUACGCAUUGAAAAAUGGAAACAACAUAACUCAGCAAUAUACAAGAAAACAAAAUGUAUUUAAGCAAGUUUAACGAAUGCGCAUUAGUAGUUGAACUAUUAGUUUUUCACUCACUAACAAAACUAAAAAACAAACAAACAAAUAACACCACUCGACACACAACGUAGUAGAGAAGCCUCAACAAAAAAUAAAAACAAAAAACAAAAGAAGAAUACGAGUAUAUUCAAAAGAAAACCAACCUCAGGGUGCCGUCGUUUCAGCGGUCCCUAACCGACAAAAA